AUGAACAGCAAACAAUCUAAAGUCCUCAUUCGCCAGUACACGAGAAACGAUUAUGAGACUCGUUUCCUUUUGCAAAGUAAGAAUCAUUCGCCCAAUCGAAUCAAUACCCAGGUGAACUCCCGAGUAGUGCAAUGGUUGGGUGGAGAGGAAUCAUUCGAUUUCUUGUCCAUUUACUUUGCUGGACUCGUUGCCGAUGAUGAUGUCCUUGCAAAAGUUUACAGCGGCUUGAACGCGAAAGCCUUGGUGAAAAUGCAAAAGGAACUCUUAUGGUUGGUUUUGGACGAUGGUCUGCAGGAAUUGGUGAGCAGCAGCACCAGUGGAUCCACCAGGCAGGCUGCAUGCAAGCGAACGAUCCUUCAAAAUCAUGUCCGAUUGGGAUUGAUGGAACGAGACGAGUAUUUUGAUCGAUUAUUCUACCAUCUGACCUAUGCUUUGGCGGCUUGUCAAAUUACUACCAAUGAGAGUACUAUUUUCAAUAUCCAACACCGAUUCGCAGCCAUCCGGCCACUCCUCCUGGAGAUGAUGAUCACUCAGCACGACUACCAGGAACAACAACAACAACAACAACACGUUCUGGAAGGAAUCCAAACGAAGCGCAUGAAAUCAAAUCGAUUUCCCUCUCUCGGCAAGUUAUUUGGCAGUAAUAAGAAAUCAAAAGUCCAAUGCUUGGAAGAGCUACAACCGGGGACAUGUUGUCCAGCCGUGACGGCAACUGCCUAG